CUCCAUCUGAGAAGACGUUCGGACACUUUCCAGCAGCGUCACCGUGACUGAUUGUGGACGUUGUAUGCACAACAGAAAUCUAUAUUAAAAUGGAGGAGCUGCCACCAGGCGAGCUUCCCGAUCAGCGGAACAAGAGCUGCAAAAAGAAAGAUCGAAGAAGAAGAAAAGAGCAUGCAUCGGCAAAUGCAGCAAGUGGGAAUCACAACAAUAAUAAGGAAGACAAAGAAAAAGAAAAAGAGAUGUCUAGUGCAUGCAAUAUCUCUAUCAAGGAGAUCCAGAUGGCGAUGGAGGUAUUCAAUAUGCAACAAAAACCUGCCAAAACUCAGGAGGAAGCAAUGCAAAAACCUUAUCAAUUUUGGAGCACACAGCCAGUACCAAAAAUGGAUGAAAAAAUUGUAUGCAAUGAGCCAAUCGAGCCUGAUAAAACAUCUAUUAGAGCGGAACCUUAUUCAUUACCUGCCGACUUUCAAUGGGAUACCUUGAACUUGGACGAUCCUCUGGUCUUAUCGGAAUUAUAUACGUUACUUUCCGAAAAUUAUGUCGAAGAUGAUGAUGCAAUGUUUAGAUUUGAUUAUCCUCCCAACUUUUUGAAGUGGGCACUGCAACCUCCUGGCUGGUACAAAGAAUGGCAUUGCGGUGUGCGAGUGAGCAAGAGCGGACGUCUAGUCGGUUUCAUCUCUGCUAUUCCAGCCACUCUACGUGUCUAUAAUCAUAUUCAGAAAAUGGUGGAGAUCAACUUUCUGUGCGUACAUAAAAAGCUAAGAUCAAAAAGAGUUGCACCAGUGUUGAUACGUGAAAUCACAAGAAGAGUAAAUUUGCAAGGCAUCUUUCAGGCUGUAUAUACUGCCGGUGUCGUCUUACCAAAACCUAUUGCGACCUGCAGGUAUUGGCACCGAUCUUUAAAUCCAAAGAAGUUAAUUGAUAUCAAGUUCUCUCAUCUUACUCGCAACAUGACGAUGCAGAGAACUCUGAAGCUAUAUAAACUGCCAGAGAAUACAAAGGUUCCAGGUUUCAGAAAGUUAGUUUAUACAGAUAUACCGCAAGCGCGUAAAAUAUUAUUGGAAUAUUUGGAGAAGUUUGAUCUCGCUCCGAUAUUCUCGGCCGAAGAAUUUGAACAUUGGUUCCUGCCACGAAACGGUAUUAUUAAUAGUUUUGUAGUGGAGAAGGAAGGAAAGAUCACCGAUAUGGUAAGUUAUUAUACGUUGCCGAGUUCCAUCAUGCAUCAUCAGACACAUAAGACUCUCAAAGCCGCAUACAGUUUCUACAACGUAUCUACCGUGACGCCAUGGCUUGAACUAAUGAUGGACGCUCUAAUAUCUGCACGCGAUUUGGGUUUCGAUGUUUUUAACGCGUUGGAUCUCAUGGACAACAAGGAAUUUUUAGAGCCUCUUAAGUUCGGGAUUGGCGACGGCAAUCUUCAAUACUAUUUAUAUAACUGGCGUUGCCCUAGUAUGACACCCGGCAAGAUCGGUCUCGUGCUCCAGUAAGCUUCUAGUUCAACUAGUCGCUAUCUGGAGAGAAGGGUCUUGCGACUUUGCGAGAGAGAUAGCGACACAAUCGCUAAGUGGACAAUGGACACAUAGAGCAAUAGAGAAAAGCAGUAAAGAUGACAUAUUCUGACGGGGAUAAAUGCGACUUUUCUUACCGACAAGAGUAUAUAAACGCAUCUACAGUGAUUAAAAAGAGUUUUCUUACAGAAUCGAUGAUCGAAUGGAUAACUCGAUCUCUCGAAAAUCACUUUUGUCUUCAUCGUUGAAGCAUUUGAAAGUUCUAGGUUGGACUAUAUACAAGCGGGAUUAUGACUAUGAAAAUUGUGCAUUGUACAGCGCACGUGUAUAUACGUAUCUGCGUGACUCGAGCAAUGUAGAUAAGUAUCAUGCGAUUAAUAGCGAUUAUACACGGGAAGCCAUCCCGCAACCACCAGUGAAAAAUUUUCAAUAAUGUAAGCCUUCUAGACGCCAAGUAACUCUUUAUUCGUUUUUCCUUUACAUUUUCUCAGCUAAUUAGAUGAUAUGCCGAAAUAUGAGCGACAGACAAAUUAUAAAUAAAACGUAAUUUAUCGAGA